UCACCGGAAGUGUUUAGCUGAAGCACCGUUGCAUUGUGGGCAGGCGGAAAAAAGGCUCUAAAAGCGAUUGUAAAGCGUUAAACGCACGUUGUUGAGCAACACGAGAAUCACAACUAAAGAAAGAAAUCUCAACAAAGUCCAGGAAAGCGAUUGAAGAUGUCCAUCGGCGUGCCAAUCAAGGUCCUGCAUGAAGCAGAGGGACACAUAGUGACCUGUGAGACCAACACUGGAGAGGUUUACAGAGGCAAACUCAUCGAGGCCGAGGACAACAUGAACUGCCAGAUGUCUAAUAUCACCGUGACUUAUCGUGAUGGUCGGGUCGCACAGUUGGAGCAAGUUUACAUCCGUGGCAGCAAGAUCCGCUUUCUGAUCCUUCCUGAUAUGUUAAAGAAUGCACCAAUGUUAAAGAGUAUGAAGAACAAGAACCAGGGAUCUGGUGCUGGAAGGGGCAAGGCAGCUAUACUUAAAGCACAAGUGGCUGCAAGAGGAAGGGGUCGUGGUGGAAUGGGAAGAGGGAACAUCUUCCAGAAGAGGCGAUAAUUGGUCCAUCUGUGUUGAGAUUGUUGCGUUGUAUAGUGUUUCUCUUUUUAAAUUUCCUCUUCUCUGGAUUGGAUUACUUGGAUAUGAUUUUCAUUCUUGCAUUUUGCAGGUUCUUCCUUUAAUUUCACUUUUUGUACCGAAAUAAACGUAUUUCAGUUUGGA